AUGGCCUCGGAAGUGGUGUGCGGGCUCGUCUUCAGGCUGCUGCUCCCCAUCUGCCUGGCAGUAGCCUGCGCCUUCCGGUACAACGGGCUCUCCUUCGUCUACCUCAUCUACCUCCUGCUCAUCCCCCUGUUCUCGGAACCAACUAAAGCCACCAUGCAAGGACACACGGGACGGUUGUUAAAGUCUCUGUGCUUCACCAGUCUCUCCUUCCUGUUGCUACACAUCAUUUUCCACAUCACGUUGGCGAGUCUGGAGGCACAGCACCGCAUCGCACCUGGUUACAACUGCUCAACCUGGGAGAAGACUUUCCGACAAAUCGGCUUCGAAAGCUUAAAGGGAGCCGACGCUGGCAAUGGGAUCCGAGUGUUUGUGCCUGACGUGGGCAUGUUCAUUGCCAGCCUGACCAUCUGGCUGGUCUGUAGGAACAUUGUUCAGAAGCCAAUGGCCGAAGAGGCCGUGCAAUGUAACCCGGAGUUUGAGAACGAAGAGUCGGCUGGAGGAGAAAAAAUAGACUCUGAAGAGGCCCUGAUUUAUGAAGAGGACUUAGAUGAAGGAGACGGUGCUGAAGGCGAUUUGGAGGAAAGCACGAAAUUAAAACUCUUCCGCAGGCUGGCCUCCGUGGCCUCCAAGCUGAAGGAGUUUAUUGGCAACAUGAUAACUACAGCGGGGAAGGUUGUUGUGACGAUUUUACUGGGUUCAUCAGGGAUGAUGCUGCCCUCUCUGACCUCAUCCGUGUACUUCUUCGUGUUCCUGGGCCUGUGUACCUGGUGGUCCUGGUGCCGGACCUUCGACCCCUUGCUGUUCAGCUGUCUCUGCGUCCUGCUGGCCAUCUUCACUGCGGGACACCUGAUCGGACUUUAUCUGUACCAGUUCCAGUUCUUCCAGGAAGCCGUUCCCCCCAACGACUACUACGCCAGGUUGUUUGGUAUCAAAUCAGUCAUUCAGACGGACUGUUCCAGCACAUGGAAGAUCAUUGCCAACCCCGACCUGUCCUGGUACCACCACGCCAACCCCAUCGUUCUGCUGGUGAUGUACUACACGCUGGCCACUCUGAUCCGAAUCUGGCUGCAGGAGCCCGUUGUGCAGGAAGAGAAGACCAAGGAGGAGGACAGAGCCCUGGCCUGCAGCGCCGCGCCCAUCACGGCCGAGAGGAGGCGGAGCCUGUGGUACGCCACCCACUACCCCACCGAUGAGAGAAAACUUUUAUCCAUGACUCAGGAUGACUACAAGCCGUCCGACGGCCUGCUGGUGACCGUGAAUGGCAACCCCGUGGACUACCACACCAUCCACCCCAGCCUCCCACUGGAGAAUGGCCCCGCCAAGGCUGACCUGUACUCCACACCGCAGUACCGCUGGGAGCCCGCCACUGCCUCCCCUGAAAAGAAGGAGGAAGAUAAUGAUGAGAAAGAAGAGUUUGAGGAGGAGCGGAGCCGGGAGGAGAAGAGGAGUGUCAAAGUGCACGCCAUGGUGUCUGUGUUCCAGUUUAUCAUGAAACAGAGCUACAUCUGUGCCCUCAUCGCCAUGAUGGCCUGGAGCAUCACCUACCACAGCUGGCUGACCUUCGUGCUGCUCAUCUGGUCCUGCACCCUGUGGAUGAUCCGCAACCGGAGGAAGUAUGCCAUGAUCAGCUCCCCCUUCAUGGUCGUCUACGGAAACCUGCUGCUCAUACUGCAGUACAUAUGGAGCUUCGAGCUCCCCGAGAUUAAAAAGGUCCCGGGUUUCUUAGAAAAGAAGGAGCCGGGGGAGCUCGCCUCAAAGAUUCUGUUCACCAUCACGUUCUGGCUGCUGCUGAGACAGCACCUCACAGAGCAGAAAGCUCUCCAAGAAAAGGAAGCUCUUCUGUCUGAGGUCAAAAUCGGAAGUCAGGAAAAUGAAGAGAAAGAUGAUGAACAGGAUGUACAGGUAGACAGCGAGGCUCAGGAGAAGGAGGAAGGAGAGGAGCCGAAGGAGGAGCAGCAGGAGCGGAGAGAGGACGAGGAAGAAGAAGAGGCAGACGAGCAGGACGUGAUGAAGGUGCUGGGGAACCUGGUGGUGGCCCUGUUCAUCAAGUACUGGAUCUACGUCUGCGGGGGGAUGUUCUUCUUCGUCAGCUUCGAGGGUAAAAUCGUGAUGUACAAGAUCAUCUACAUGGUACUCUUCCUCUUCUGUGUGGCCCUGUAUCAGGUGCACUAUGAAUGGUGGAGGAGGAUUCUGAAGUACUUCUGGAUGUCGGUGGUUAUCUACACAAUGCUGGUGCUUAUCUUUAUAUACACAUAUCAGUUUGAAAACUUCCCAGGCUUGUGGCAAAACAUGACUGGACUGAAAAAAGAAAAGCUGGAGGACCUUGGCCUGAAGCAGUUCACGGUGGCCGAGCUGUUCACGCGCAUCUUCAUCCCUACCUCCUUCCUCCUGGUCUGCAUUCUGCACCUGCACUACUUCCAUGACCGAUUCCUGGAGCUCACCGACCUGAAGUCCAUCCCCAGCAAGGAGGACAGCGCUGUCUAUAGCCAUGCCAAGGUCAAUGGGCGUGUGUAUCUGAUAAUAAAUAGCAUCAAGAAAAAAUUACCAAUCCACCACAAUGAGCUGGCCCACCCUGAGGGAAGCCUUCCAGACCUUGCCAUGAUGAAGCUGACUGCCAGCCUGGAGGUGGCAGAGGUCAAGCAGCUGGCUGGGCCUGGGGAGGAGAUGCCAGGGGGAUGCCCUGCAAAAGCCAAGAAGGGUGAGCCUGGCAGGGACAGCGAGGACGAGGAUGAGGAUGAGGACGAGGAGGAUGAAGAGGAGGAGGAGACGUCAGAUCUGAGGAACAAGUGGCACUUGGUGAUCGACCGCCUCACGGUGCUGCUGCUGCGAUUCCUGGAGGGCUUCCACCAGCUGCAGACAUUCCUGUGGUGGAUCCUGGAGCUGCACAUCGUCAAGAUUGUGUCCUCCUACAUCAUCUGGGUGUCCGUGAAGGAGGUGUCUCUGUUCAACUACGUGUUUCUGAUUUCCUGGGCUUUUGCUCUGCCGUAUGCUAAGCUCCGCCGUCUGGCCUCCAGUGUCUGCACCGUCUGGACAUGUGUGAUCAUUGUCUGUAAGAUGCUGUACCAGCUGCAGACCAUCAAGCCUGAGAACUUCUCUGUGAACUGUUCGUUGCCAAAUGAAAACCAGACGAACAUCCCCCUGCACCAGCUGAACAAGUCUCUGCUCUACAGCGCACCCAUUGACCCCACAGAAUGGGUGGGCCUCAGGAAGUCGUCUCCUCUACUUGUCUACCUGAGGAACAACCUGCUGAUGCUGGCUAUCCUGGCCUUCGAGGUCACCAUCUACCGCCAUCAGGAGUACUACCGUGGUCGAAACAACCUCUCAACCCCCGUUUCUAAAACCAUCUUCCACAACAUCACAAGACUCCAGCUGGAUGAUGGACUUGUUAACUGUGCCAAGUAUUUCAUCAAUUACUUCUUCUACAAGUUUGGUCUGGAGACCUGUUUCCUCAUGUCAGUUAAUGUGAUCGGCCAGCGCAUGGACUUCUACGCCAUGAUUCACGCCUGCUGGCUGAUUGCCGUCCUGUACCGGCGCAGGAGGAAGGCCAUCGCCGAGAUCUGGCCCAAGUACUGCUGCUUCCUGGCUUGCAUCAUCACCUUCCAGUAUUUCAUCUGCAUCGGCAUCCCCCCUGCCCCCUGUCGAGACUACCCUUGGAGGUUCAAGGGCGCCAGCUUCAAUGACAACGUCGUCAAGUGGCUGUACUUCCCUGACUUCAUCGUUCGACCCAACCCUGUGUUCCUUGUGUAUGAUUUCAUGCUACUCCUGUGUGCCUCACUGCAACGGCAGAUCUUUGAGGACGAGAAUAAGGCUGCUGUACGGAUUGUGGCGGGCGACAACGUGGAGAUCUGCAUGAACCUGGAUGCGGCCUCAUUCAGCCAGCACAAUCCCGUGCCCGACUUCAUCCACUGCAGGUCGUACCUGGACAUGUCCAAGGUGGUCAUCUUCAGCUACCUCUUCUGGUUCGUGCUCACUAUCAUCUUCAUCACCGGGACGACCCGCAUCAGCAUCUUUUGCAUGGGCUACCUGGUGGCCUGCUUCUACUUCCUGCUCUUCGGGGGCGACUUGCUGCUGAAACCCAUCAAGAGCAUCCUGCGCUACUGGGACUGGCUGAUCGCUUACAAUGUCUUCGUGAUCACGAUGAAAAACAUACUGUCGAUAGGAGCGUGUGGCUAUAUUGAAAAAUUGGUUCAAAAUAGUUGCUGGUUGAUCCAAGCAUUCAGCCUGGCCUGUACAGUCAAGGGCUACAAAAUGCCUGAUGAUGACUCCUCCUGUAAACUGCCCAGUGGGGAGGCAGGAAUCAUUUGGGACAGCAUAUGCUUUGCCUUCCUGCUGCUGCAGAGAAGAGUGUUCAUGAGUUACUAUUUCCUGCAUGUGGUGGCAGAUAUAAAAGCCUCACAGAUCCUGGCAUCCAGAGGGGCCGAGCUUUUCCAGGCCACCAUUGUGAAGGCUGUGAAGGCCAGAAUCGAGGAGGAGAAAAAGUCCAUGGACCAGCUGAAGAGGCAGAUGGACCGCAUCAAGGCCAGGCAACAGAAAUACAAAAAGGGUAAGGAGAGGAUGCUGAGCUUGACCCAGGAGUCGGGGGAAGGCCAAGAUCUCCAAAAACUUUCUGAAGAGGAUGACGAGAGAGAAGCAGACAAACAGAAAACCAAGGGCAAAAAAAAGCAGUGGUGGCGGCCUUGGGUUGAUCAUGCUUCCAUGGUCAGGAGUGGAGAUUACUAUUUGUUUGAAACGGAUAGUGAAGAGGAGGAAGAGGAAGAAUUGAAAAAGGAAGACGAAGAGCCCCCCCGGAGGUCAGCCUUCCAGAGAGCUAUUGGGAAGUUUGCAUCAGCCAUUUUAGCCUUGCCAAAGUCUAUCAUUAAACUUCCCAAAACUAUUCUUCAGUAUUUAAUCAGAGCUGCAAAGUUUGUUUAUCAUGCCUGGAUAACUGACCCUAAAACAGCACUCCGACAGAGGCGCAAAGAGAAAAAAAGAUCUGCAAGAGAAGAACAGAAAAGAAGGAGAAAAGAAUCUGGGGAGGGUCCUGUGGAGUGGGAAUACCGGGAAGAUGAGCCAGUCAAAAAGAAGUCUGAUGGACCAGACAACAUCAUCAAGAGGAUCUUUAAUAUUUUGAAGUUCACCUGGGUCCUGUUUCUGGCAACCGUGGACAGUUUCACAACGUGGCUCAACUCCAUCUCCAGGGAGCACAUCGACAUCUCCACUGUCCUGAGGAUUGAGCGCUGCAUGCUGACCAGAGAGAUCAAGAAGGGCAACGUCCCAACCCGGGAGAGCAUCCACAUGUACUACCAGAACCAUAUCAUGAACCUGUCCAGGGAGUCGGGGCUGGACACCAUCGACGACCAUGCUGGCGCUGCUGCGGGUGCACAGACUGCCCACAGGAUGGACAGCUUGGAUUCCCACGACAGCAUCUCCAGCUGCUACACGGAAGCAACCAUGCUGUUCUCAAGGCAGUCCACCCUUGAUGAUUUAGAUGGACCAGAAACUGUGCCUAAAACGAGUGAGCGCGCUCGGCCCGGGCUCCGUAAAAUGCUCAGCAUGGAUGUGUCCUCCUCGUCAGCCGAGAGCACCAGCUUAGGCUCCAGCGAGCCCACGCAGUGCACGAUGCUGUACUCGCGCCAGGGGACCACGGAGACCAUCGAGGAAGUGGAGGCUGAGCAGGACGAGGAGACAUCCGAGGGGGCCCGGGAGGCCGAGUCCCCACAGGACCCCACGGAGGACGGCGAUGUGGAGGCCCCGCCGUCCUACAGCAAGGCUGUCAGCUUUGAGCGCCUGUCCUUCGACUCCCGGGAUGACUCAGCCGGCCAGACCCACAUGGAAGUCAGCCCGGAUGACAGCCGCUCGGAUCGGCUGGAAGCCAGCAUCCUGCCACCCCUGACCCACGAGCUGACAGCCAGCGAGCUGCUGCUGAACAAGAUGUUCCACGACGACGAGCUGGAGGAGUCAGAGAAGUUCUACGUGGGGCAGCCUCGCUUCCUGCUGCUCUUCUAUGCACUGUACAACACGCUGGUGGCCCGCUCCGAGAUGGUGUGCUACUUUGUCAUCAUCCUCAACCACAUGGUCUCCGCCUCCAUGAUCACCCUCGUGCUGCCCAUCCUCAUCUUCCUCUGGGCCAUGCUGUCCGUCCCCCGGCCCAGCAGGCGCUUCUGGAUGAUGGCCAUCGUCUACACGGAGGUGGCCAUUGUGGUCAAGUACUUCUUCCAAUUUGGGUUCUUCCCCUGGAACAAGAAUGUGGAACUGAACAAGGACAAGCCUUACCACCCACCCAACAUCAUCGGGGUGGAGAAGAAGGACGCCUACGUGCUCUACGACCUCAUCCAGCUGCUCGCACUCUUCUUCCACCGCUCCAUCCUAAAGUGUCACGGCCUCUGGGACGAAGACGACAUCGUGGACAGCGGCUCGGACAAGGUGGACUCGGACGACGAGCUGUCCCUCGGCCAUGGUAGGAGGGCCUCCUCCGACUCGCUCAAGUCCAUCAACCUGGCUGCAUCCGUGGAGUCGGUGCACGUGACCUUCCCGGAGCAGCCAGCUGCCGUCCGGAGGAAGCACUCCAGCAGCGGCUCCCAGACAUCACAGGAGUCCAGCUUUUCCUCGAAUAGGUCCAAGAGAGGCAGCACGAGCACCCGGAACAGCAGCCAGAAAGGAAGCAGCGUCGUGAGUGUCAAGCAGAAGAGCAGACGGGAACUUUACAUGGAGAAGCUGCAGGAACACUUAAUCAAAGCAAAGGCCUUUACCAUAAAGAAGACCCUGCAGCUCUACGUGCCCAUCAGGCAGUUCUUCUACGACCUCAUCCACCCCGACUACAGCGCCGUCACUGACGUGUACGUGCUUAUGUUCCUGGCGGACACCGUGGACUUCGUCAUCAUUGUCUUUGGCUUCUGGGCCUUCGGGAAACACUCGGCUGCAGCCGACAUCACGUCCUCACUGUCCGAGGACCAGGUGCCAGGGCCCUUCCUGGUGAUGGUGCUCAUUCAGUUCGGGACUAUGGUGGUGGACCGGGCGCUCUACCUCAGGAAGACUGUCCUGGGAAAGGUCAUCUUCCAGGUCAUCCUGGUGUUUGGGAUUCACUUCUGGAUGUUCUUCAUCCUGCCUGGCGUGACCGAGAGGAAGUUCAGCCAGAACCUGGUCGCGCAGCUAUGGUACUUCGUCAAGUGCGUGUACUUCGGGCUGUCCGCCUACCAGAUCCGCUGCGGCUACCCAACUCGGGUCCUCGGCAACUUCCUCACCAAGAGCUACAACUACGUCAACCUCUUCCUGUUCCAGGGGUUCCGCCUGGUCCCUUUCCUGACGGAGCUGAGGGCUGUGAUGGACUGGGUGUGGACAGACACGACCCUGAGCCUGUCCAGCUGGAUCUGCGUGGAGGACAUCUAUGCUCACAUCUUCAUCCUCAAGUGUUGGCGGGAGUCGGAAAAAAGGUACCCGCAGCCCCGGGGGCAGAAGAAGAAGAAGGUGGUCAAGUACGGGAUGGGGGGCAUGAUCAUCGUGCUGCUCAUCUGCAUCGUCUGGUUCCCGCUACUCUUCAUGUCUCUGGUCAAAUCCGUCGCUGGGGUUAUCAACCAGCCCCUGGACGUCUCAGUCACAAUCACCCUGGGCGGGUACCAGCCUAUUUUCACAAUGAGUGCCCAGCAAAGCCAGCUGAAAGUUAUGGACCAGCCAAUGUUUAAUAAAUUCAUUAAAGCUUUUUCUAAGGACACUGGUGCUAUGCAAUUUCUGGAAAAUUAUGAAAAAGAAGACAUAACAGUCGCAGAACUGGAAGGAAACUCAAAUUCUUUAUGGACCAUCAGCCCUCCCAGUAAGCAGAAAAUGAUACACGAACUCAAGGACCCCAAUAGUAGCUUCUCUGUUGUUUUUUCAUGGAGUAUUCAGAGAAACAUGAGUCUGGGUGCAAAAGCAGAAAUAGCAACAGAUAAGCUUUCUUUCCCUCUUAAAAACAAGACACGAGAGAAUAUUGCUAAAAUGAUAGCUGGCGGCGACACGGAAAGUUCCAGGACACCCGUGACCAUAGACAGGAUUUACCCAUACUAUGUGAAAGCACCCAGUGACUCUAACUCCAAACCCAUAAAGCAGCUUUUAUCUGAAAAUAAUUUCAUGAACAUCACCAUCAUUUUGUCCAGAGACAAUGCGACUAACUCGAACAGUGAGUGGUGGGUUCUCAACUUGACUGGGAACAGAAUCUACAACCAGGAAGCGCAGGCCCUGGAGCUGGUGGUCUUCAACGACAAGGUCAGCCCCCCCAGCCUGGGGUUCCUGGCCGGCUACGGUAUCAUGGGCCUCUAUGCUUCCGUGGUGCUGGUGAUUGGGAAGUUUGUCCGGGAAUUCUUCAGCGGGAUUUCUCACUCCAUCAUGUUUGAAGAACUUCCCAACGUGGAUCGGAUUCUGAAAUUGUGCACAGACAUUUUUUUAGUCCGGGAGACCGGAGAGCUGGAGCUCGAGGAGGAUCUCUAUGCCAAAUUAAUAUUCCUGUACCGGUCGCCAGAAACCAUGAUCAAAUGGACCAGGGAGAAAACAAACUGA